GCUGCUGUAUUGCUGAAGUCUGUAAUUAGUUCACCCAGUCUUCCAGACCGUGUGCUCCAUGCUCUGAGACCAGGAGACCUUGAUGUUCUGAAAUGAAGAUGGAGGUGGUAGGAAAAGCAGAAGACCUUGUUGAUUUGGAAGUUCCACCAAAGACUUCUGAAAAGCAAGAGACUGCUCCUGAUGAAGACAGACCUAUAGAACUGGAGAUGCCAACUCGGAAAGCCCCCAUGCCUGCUGCAGCAGACUUUGCGGUGCUUUCGUCGAUGCCUUGCUUACUGAUGGAACUGAGGCGAGACUCAUCGGAGUCUCAGCUAGCAUCUACAGAGAGCAAUAAUCCAGUGGGUGGUCGAGUUUGUGAGAGUGACUCUUCUAAUCAUUGCAUGCUUUCCCCUUCUUCCAGUGGGCACUUGGCUGACUCAGAUACGUUGUCUUCCGCAGAGGACACUGAGCCCUGUCAAGCUGAAGCUGCAGUAGAGGGAGACCCUUCUGCGGUGUCUGGGGCCGCAGUUGGGAGGAAAUCCAGGCGAUCCAGGUCUGAAAGUGAAACUUCAACAAUGGCUGCCAAGAAAAACCGACAGUCUAGUGAUAAGCAGAACGGUCGAGUGACCAAGGUAAAGGGUCAUCGAAGUCAAAAGCACAAAGAAAGGAUCCGGCUGUUAAGACAGAAACGGGAGGCGGCUGCUCGCAAGAGGUACAACCUGCUGCAGGACAGCAGUACCAGUGAUAGUGACCUGACGCGUGACUCCAGCACGAGUUCAUCAGGUGAUGACGAAGAGGUUUCAGGGAGCAGCAAGACAAUCACUGCAGAGAUAGCAGGUAGAGGAUGUUUUUUAAACUGAACUGUAAUGCAUCUGACAUUGUUUCUCAUCUGUCAUUGUAAAUUAGAUGAGUGACACUUAAGAAAAAACAAGAGAACUGCAGCUCUGUGUAAAUUUGAAGACUGCAGUAUGUUAACAAGACGGGCAGAUUUUAAAAUUUGUUCUGAGGUUUCAGUGCACUUUUGCACACCAACAAAGCGUAGAAAUGGUAAAUUGGAGGAAGGACUAUCCUUGAAUUCUGGAAUUUUCAGAUCCUUUCCUUUUAAGCCUAUAUGAACUCCUACCAGUGCUGUCAAAUCCCAUUAGAUGGUGAUAGUCUAAUAAAUACAUCCUUAAGAUAAUUGGCUAGCUUUGCUUUAAUAUGUUAAGAUUGCAGCUCAGCAGCUGUGUCGGUCAUCACAUG